AGCGCACUAAACACGGUAGCACCGAUCGCCGAAUCGUUUUUGGCUGAUGUCUCCCUUACGCAUCUGUUGUCUGCAUUAGCGAUGGAAGGCACAACCGCACCCUCUCCGCGGACCAAAGCUGAUAUCGCCGAAGAUAUGGUGGCGUCUGGAGCUGCCACUAGCAUCGACGGCGUUGCCUCUGCCACCAACGCGUUGCCCUCACUCGCAAGUGCGCCCACGUUAAAGUCGGCGGAGGCAGAGGCAGCAGUAGGAAAAGGAGACGGAGAAGAACACGAAGGGAGAGGCACUGAAGGAGGAAAGGGAGAGGCGAGCUCAGCGCACGACAAGGCCUCGUCCUCCUCGUCCAGUACGGUGGCGACCUCCACAAGAUCGAAGGGUGGAAAGAAGAAGCCGCAAAAGAAGAAAAAGGCUUCACCGCCUUCCGCCUCUGUCGUCCUUGUUCAGGCCACGGAGGAACCGCAGGACGAUCCGGCGCCCACCCCGGUGAUGCCGUCAACGGACGAGGGAGACGAAAAGAAAGAGGCGGCGAAGGAGGAGAUGCACUCCGAAAUGCAGGAGCCAGCGCUUCCCACCGCCGCGGACACGUCGACGCGCCGUGCCACACCACCACCACCACCACCACCAAACACGCAGGAGGAAGGCACAAAGGACGAUGAUGAGCCGGAGGCGGGGAAAGAGAUCAGGUGCAGCGACACGGAAGACUCCACGGAGCCCUCCCCCUUCGCAGCAUCGUCGACCCCCCACACCGACGCAUCGCUUUCUUUCCGGUCCUCGGCCACAUGGCCGAGUUCACCCGCCAGCUUCACCUCCCCCGUGCGGUCGAAGCACGACGAGGUACUCGAGGCAGCGACGCAGGCUGCCAUUCAAGCCCAAGAGCGACAACUGCGUCACACGCUCCUCAGCAUUUUCCCUGCUCACCUGCGAGCAAUGAACAGCGAGAACACACAACCAACACGGGAUGAUGCGAGGCUCCACUCAACGGCAAGUACCUCGCUGCUCAUGUGCUGCAGUCCGGAGCCGCUGCUCCCUCUCCUCAACGCCCUCUGCGAAGACAAGGCCUACGUGCACGCGGCGUGGUGUCGUUACGAGGACGACCUCGCCGUGCAGCGAGCGCAGAACAGUAUUCAGCGCAAGCGCCAGCGGCAUUCCUUUAACAAAGGAGCUCGCCGGCCAGCCUCUUCGGUGGUCACCACCACCACAAGCACCCCAGCUACCACCGCAGCAGCAGCAGCAGCAGCAUCAUCGGAGCACACGGCAGGUGGAGACAGGGGCGCGAAGGAGGCGAGCGACAGCGACAGCCACGCAGACGACGACGCCAGUCAGCCACCGGAGUCGGAGUGGGUAGAGGCGGCACCGGCGUUCACGGGGCCCCCGCGCCUCCCUUCGGCAACGCGCAUCGAUAACGCCGAUGCGCGGGAGGAGAUGGCGGUGGCCUCUGGAUUUCAAUGGACGCCGUGGCGCUUCUUUCGUGAGAAGCGCCGUCGCAGCUCCUCCCGUUCGCAGGGCAGCAGCGGCGCCGUCACGGCAACUGCAGCUGUCUCCUUUCUCACUUCGAAAACAGGCCCCACUGCCACAAGUGCGGCUGUGAGUGGUUCGAGCACCUCGACGGCGGGGGCGACAACGGCUGUGUCCUCCACGGUUGCCACGUCAGGUGUGCCCCCCGCCCCCACCCCAGUUGGUGGGGGAGGUGUCCCGCCGCUUCUCUUCUCGGAGGUCCCUUCGCUUCCAGUGUUGCAGGUGGACGCCGAUAUCCCAGAAGAUGUGACGGCGACGGUGGAGGCCAUGACCGCCGAGGAGCAGCGCAGCUGCGCGCGCUACGUAAUGAGCAGUGGGAAGCUGCGCAACGUGUGCCGCGACCCCUACGCUUUUUUGGUGUCCCGCGCAAAGGAGAUGCGCAUUCAGUGGGAGCGUCAGCACCCCUUUGAAUAG